AUGCCAAUUCAGAAGCAGCAGAAGUCUGUUCAGCUUUCCCGUAGGCGCCGGGGCGCUCGCACGCAGGGAGAGCAGCAGAGCCUAAGGGAGGCGCCGUUCUCGCCCGCACAGCCCUUGAGGGGGGUGUCUGCGGGUUGCUGCAGCUCUGCAGCAGCAGCAACACCAGCAGCAGCCGUAGCAGCAGCAGCCUCAGCAGCAGCAGCACCACCACCACUCUCACCACCCCCAUCCCCAUCAGCAACAGCAGCAGCAGCACCAGCAUCAGCAUCAGCAGCAGCAGCAGCAACACCAGCAUCAGCAGCAGCAGCAGCAACACCAGCGUCAGCAGCAGCAGCAGCAACACCAGCAUCAGCAGCAGCAGCAGCAUCACCCUCACCAUCCCCAUCCCCAUCAACAGCAGCAUUAGCAACAGCAGCAUCAGCGACACCAGCAUCAGCAGCAGCAGCAGCAGCAGCAGCAUGCGCGCUGCGUAGGGCCCGCCUCCGCAGCAGCUCGAUGCUGCCUGUGGGGGGCCCCCGGGGGCCCCCCCUGGUGGGGCCCCCCGAGCUGCUGCAGUGGGCAGCAGAGGCCCUGGGGGAGCCCGCGGGCUCUUUAGACUUUUCCUCUUUUGCUUCUGGCGAAGUUUUGCUGCGGCUCUUUGCCCUCAUUUGGCCGCGGGCUGUGCGCGAGCUGCCCCCCCGCCUCGCCCGCGGCUUGCUGCAGCAGCAGCAGCAGCAGCAGCAGCAGCAGCAGCAGCAGCGGGGGGAGGAGGCGGCUGCGGCGAACUGGCGCGCCAUUGAGUGGGUCCUCGACCGCGUGGGGGUGCCGCAGCACUUUGUCAGCCGCUCUCUGGUGGACCCCAGCAGCAGCAGCAGCAGCAGCAGCAGCAGCAGCAGCGGGGGCUGCUACGAGUGUCUGGUGUUGCUGUUUUUCCUCUUUUGGCUGUCCAGACACCACGAGUGCGAGUUCGUGCUGCAGCAGUCUGUACACCCCAGCUUGGCAGCAUUUAUGUCUUCCAAAGCUCCCCUUAGCUGCCUCGUGGCUGGCGGCGCUGUUGCGCUGCCUGCAGCUAUUCGGGACAAAAUCAGCAGCAGCAGCAGCAGCAGCAGCGGCAGCAGCGGAGGCGGCGGCAGCAGCGGCAGCAGCGCGCGCGGGGGAGACACGGAGCGGUGGGUUGAGGGGCGCGCGGACAGGGACAGAAGCAAAGAGACAGCCCUGAGGCUCAAGCAGCAGCAGCAGCAGCAGCAGCAGCAGCAGCAGCUGUUGCUGCAGCAGCAGCGAGAUAAUGGGGACGAAAAAGGCAACAGCCCCCGAGAAGGCAGCGGCCAGCAGCUCCUGCUGCAGACGCACCUUGAGGCUCAAAACCCGGAACAUUACCUACAGCAGCAGCAGCAGCAGCAGCUACCGCUGCAGCAGCAGCAGCAGCUACCGCUGCAGCAGCAGCUGCAGCAGCAGCAGCAUCUGCCGGAUUUCGUCGAGGAGCCAUUCAGCGUGCCUGCCGUUUACCCGGAUUUCUCGCUUUACCAAGAUGGAGGAGGAACUCCGGGUGCUGCUGCUGCUGCUGCUGCUGCUGCUGUGAGCCACCGCUCUCCCUCUGCUGCGCCUUCUCGCGUUGUCGGCGGGGCCUUCAGCAGCGACGGGACGUUCUGCGCAGAAGCAGCAGCAGCAGAAGCAGCAGCGGCAGAAGCAGCAGCAGAAGCAGCAGCAGAUGCUGCUGCUGCUGCUGCUGCUGCAGCAGAAACGAGGGAGAGACGGGGAAGCUGCCGAGAAGUGCAUGUGCAGACUGAAGCAGCAGCAGCACCCCUAGCGAGUCAGGAGCAGCAGAGGCAGCUGCAGCAGCUGCAGCAGCAGCUGCAGCAGCAGCUGCAGCAGCGGCAGCUGCUGCCUCUCGAGUGGAGCGGGGAGAGCCAAAGGGUGAAGGGGGAGCAGCUAAUAGAGCUGCUGCAGCACCAGAACGAGCUGCUGCAGCAGCAGCUGCAGCGGGCGUCUGAGGAAACAGCAGCGGUGCAGCGGCUGCAUGCACAGCAGCAGCAGGAGCAGCAGGCAGCAGCAGCAGCGGCACUGCAACGCGUCAAGGAGCAGUGCUGCAAUGAGCUGCUGCAGCAGCAGCUGCAGCAAGCAGCAGCAAUUCAAACCAUGUGGCGGCAGCUGGACCUGCGCCUGCGGCAGCUAGAAGAUGAUGUUGCUAUGGACAUCGAGGUUCUCGCAGCAGCAAACAGCAGCAGCAGCAGCAGCAGCAGCAGCAGCGGCGCCGGAGUGGAGGCCCCGAAAGGGCCUCCAGCUACCCCCGACGCGGGGGAGCCGCCCGCAACACCAGCAGCAGCAGCAGCAGCAACAGCAGCAGCAGCAGCAGCAGCAGCAGCAGAGCCUGCUGCUGUUGCGAAAGUGAGGAAGCUGGAGGCGGUGAUGGAGGAGCGGCUGCGGGCGAGAGAUGCAGCAAAUGAAGAAGUCCGUUUGCUGCUGCAGCAGACGCAGCAGCAAUGUGCUGCUUUCCGGAGAGACAGCGAAGCCCGCUGGCAGCAGCAGCAGCGCUGCGAAGAGCUCAAGGAGCAGCUGCUGCAGCUGCUGCACACCGAGGAAGCAGCAGCAGCAGCCCCAGCAGCAGCAACUUCAGCAGCAGCAGCAGCAGAGCCGGGUAGUGCUUCCGGCGCGCUGGUCCGCGCCAACAGCAGCAGCAGCAGCAGCAGCAGCGAUUGGGAUAUGUGUUUUUCUGCUGCUAGGGAGUCACUGCGUGAGCUGCUGCAGCAGCUGCUGCAGCAGCUGCAGCACAGCAGCCCGCAGCUGCUGCAGCAUUCCCCGGUGCAGCAGCAGCUGCUGUCAGCUUUAAUUCAUUCUGUGGCUCUCAGCCGCAUCCAGCGGGCCCGCGACAGCCAAACUAAUUUGCUGCUGCAGCGGCAGGUGCAGCAGCAGCAGCAGCUGCAGCAAGCACAGCGGGGGGGCCCCCCCGGGGGGCCCCGCACCACCAAAGACAGACUUAUUCAGCUCUUUUGGCUGCUCCUUGGGGACUUCUACAGGUUUAAAGCGCGGCUGGAAGAGGGACGGCAGCAGCUGCUGCAGCAGCAGCAGCAGCUGCAGCAGCUGCAGCAGCAGAAAGUGGAGUUGGAGGCGGCGGCACAAGAACAAGUGAGGCUGCUGCUGCAGGCGAGGGAGCAGCAGCAAAAGGGGAGGGAGGUUUUGCUGCAGCUGCUGCACAAGGCUGACAGCAAGAGAUUCGAAACCAUUCUCGCAGCAGUGAGUUCUGCAGAAGCCCAAAACCGCCUUUUGCAGCAGCGCGAAGCUUUUUGGAGGAACUUGGCGAAAGCCCUCUCGCAGCAGCUGCAGCAGCCCUCAGCAGCAGCAGAAAGAGCCAUUCAAGAUUUGUGGGAGCAGCUCGCGGGGUCUCAGCUGCUGCUGCUGGACAGCAGCAGCAGCAGCAGCAGCAGCAGCAUGUGCGACUCUGCUGCUGCUGCUGCUGCCUUCUUGCUGCAGCAGCAGCAGCAGCAGCAAGAAGGCAGCAGGGCGGGCAACGAUAGAGGAGACAGCACCUCAAGGUCCUCUGUUUCUCGCCAAGGUCCCACAGCCUCAGCUGCUGCUGCUGCUGCUGCUGUUGCUAGGCAGCCGGGCAGAUUUGCUGCUCGCUGCAGCAGCAGCAAAAGCCUUACUGCAGCAGCAGCAGCAGCAGCAGCAGCAGCAGCAGCAAAGGCGAGAGGCCGCGGCCCCUCUCCAGUCCAGCGGGAGUACAGCCCCCGAGUUGUUGCUGCAGCAGCAGCAGCAGCAAAUGAAACAGCAGCAGCAGCAACAGCAGAAAGCGAAGCAGCAGCAGCAGCAGCAGAUCGGUGGAGUACCGAUGACGCCUUCUCUCUCUGCCUCAAGGAGAUUUGCUCUCAGAGCGAAACCACAGAGCCCAUUUGCUGCAGCAGCAGCAGCAGCAGCAGGAGCUGCUUCUGCGGAGCUUCUCGCGGGCUGCUGCUGCAGCAAGAUGGGGACAGCGAGCCCAUUUGCUGCUGCGCUUUUGCAGCAGCAGAGGCGGGAGAUUCAAAAGGAGACAAAAAAGAGGCAGCAGAAGCGCUGCAGCAGCAAAAGGGGGCAGGAGACACGCUGCUGCUGCUGCAGCAGCAGCUACAGCAAGCAGCAAGGGAAGCCACCGCGCUGCUGCAGCAGCAGCAGCAGCUCUUAGAAGCAGAAGUGGAAGAACUCAAGCGGGAGAAUGAGCAGCUUCUUGAGGCCAAGAAAAAGCACGAACGGGACGUGCAGGCAGCAGAUGGGCUGCGGAGCUCGCUGUCCGCUGCAGCAGCAGCAGCAGCAGCAGCAAAAAGCAGCAGCAAGCAGCAGCUGCUGGCUCUCCAAAUACAGACCAGAGAAGCAAGGCUUAUUAUUGCUGCUGUUGCUGCUGAAGGGGGGCCCCACACCCAGGCACUUUGUGCUGCUUACCUCGAAGCAGCAGCAGACGCUGCUGCUGCUGCUGGUGCUGCAGCGGUCGCCGAUGCUGCUGCUGCAGCAGACACGGGAGAAGCUGCUGCAGCAGCAGCAGACGCUGCUGCUGCAACGGAUGCUGAUUCUGCUGCAGCAGCAACGGACCGUGAAGCAAAGGCCGAUGAAAAUGUGAAUGCAACAGUAAAGGCAGCAGCAGCAGCAGCAGCAGCAGCAAAGGCGCAGAGGCAGCAAAAAGAACAGCAGCAGCAGCCGAAGCACCAGCCUAUAGCAAGCCCCCCAUCUCCCGCAGCAGCAGCAGCAGCAGGCUGGAGCUGCAUGCGGCGUCAAAGCGAAUUCUGCGGCAUCUGGUCUGAAGCAGCAGCAGCAGAAGCAACAGCAGCAGCAGCAGUAGCAGCAACAGAAGCAGCAGCAAGUGACACCGACGGCGAGGCCCUUACUCCUCCAUUUAAGCAUCUUUUACCUCUCUCAGCCAGCAGCAAAGACAAAACAGCAGCAUCAGCAGCAGCAGCAGCAACAGGAGCAGGAGCAGCAGCAGCAGCAGAAAAGUGGCCUCGCAAGCACUUGAAGGAGGAAAGGGAAAUGAUUUUAAAUCAAAAAAUAAAUUUGGAAGAUAUCAACUUUGCUGUUAAGGCCUAUUUGCUCGAAGGAGGCUUCAGCAAAACCCUCAACGCCCUCAGGGACAAAAUUUCUUUUAAUUACAACUUCCAUUUGCUGCUGCUGUUUGGUUUGCUGCAGCAGCAGCGGGGGAGUCGGAAGCAGCAGCAAAAGGAGAAAAAGCAAAUGAAUUAA